AUGUAUAUGUCUUCACUGUCUCCGAGACUUCACAAAGCAUACAAAGGUAGAUGUGUUAGCUUACCGGUUCGGUCUCAUCCGAGUGUUAGGAGGAUACAAGAAGUGGUCUCCAAGGUUAGAGCUCUGGGAUCGUCUUCGUUAGAGUCGAGGACGAUGGUCCGUGACGGUCUCUCUGGUCUCACCGAGCUUUAUAGUUGUUUAAGUGAAGAUCUGUUCAAGUCUUCUUCUGAAACUCAACAAGCCCUUCGUAAUGGUAACGGCUUGAUGGAUGAGCUUCUUGAAGUGUCGCUAAAGUACUUAGAAGUUUGUGGAGGAGCUAAGGACGGUGCGUCGAGGGUAAAGAAGAGUGUUGUUGAGCUUCAGUCAGCUCUGAGACGGAGCAAGAAGGGAGGCGAGUUUAGCUUGGAAAGUGACGUGGAUGCUUACAUGGCCUCGAGGAAAGAGAUCAAGAAGGAGAUCAAAAAGUAUAUGGCGAUGUCGAAAGAGACAGACGCUUGUUUGGAAAGUAAUGUUUGGUGUGAUGGUAAUGACCAAGAUAUGAGUGUUUUGGUUAGAGUGAUACAAGAGACAAGUGCGAUGACUUGUUUCGUGUUACGCACGGUCUUGUCGUUCUUGUCGUCGCCUAAAGGUUUAAAGUCUAAGAAGAAUCAUCAUCAUCAUCAUAAAGGUUGGGGGAUAGUUAUGAGGCUUGUGAAGAAAGGAAUAGAUCAUCAUAAUCAGGAGAAGAGAGAUUAUGAAAAGGGUUUUUCUUGUUUUGAGCUUGAAGUUAUGGAAGAUGAAAUCGGGAAGCUCGUUCUGAUGACGGCAAGGGAAGAUCAAGAAGAGAGCGAGGUUAGUGAAAAAGUAAGCGAGAGGAUUCAAUGCGCAUUGGUUAGAUCGGAAGGUGUAGAGACAGCCAUGGAAGAGCUUGAAGAGGGGCUCGAAGGAUUGUUCAAGGUAAUGAUACAAGCUAGAGUCUCUCUUCUAAACAUCCUCUCCACUUAA